AUGGGGAUGCCUGCACGGCGCUGCAGCGCUGCGGCACUCUUGACGCUGCUGGCGCUAGCGGUGGGCGGCUGGGUGCCAGCAGUUCACGCCGCGCCCUCGACCAAUGGCGCCCCGCCAGUCAACGUGUCCCUGUAUGCCGAGGCGCUGUGCCCGUACUGCGCCGACUUCAUCACAUCCACCCUCUCCCCGCUGAUGGACAAGGGCUUUGGGCCCAUCCUUCAAUUCCGUUAUGUGGCUUACGGCAAUGCAGUCCGUGGCGAGGCGAGGCUGGAUGGCACGGUGAUGUGCCAGCACGGCCCCGUCGAGUGCCGCCUCAACCGCAUCAUCAACUGCGCCACUCACCUGCACCCGGGACAAGACAUGUGGCUGCCAUUUGUGGAGUGCCUGGAGGGGGCGCCACACGAGCAGAGUGAGGCCUGGGUGGACAAGUGCGCAGGGCAGACAGGGCUGGAUGCACAGGCGCUGCACGGCUGCGCCGAGGGCGAGCAGGGCGCGGAGCUGGAGCACGAGGCGGAAGCGGAGACGGCAUCGCUGACGCCGCCCCACAGAUAUGUGCCGUGGGUUGUGGUCAAUGGCAUCCCUCUGGGGCAGGACAAUGCGCAACUGUGGCGGUACGUCUGCGUGGCACAUGCUGGCAAUCGCCCCGAUGCCUGCUACGUGCCACCAGGCGCCUCGCUGGCUGGACAGCGCCCGGAGCGCAGCACUGCAUGA